GAGAAAGGAAAAUGAGAUGAUGGGCAAGAUCAGUGGCAGAUUGCCUGUGAGGGCUUUAUAAGAGCGCCUCACCUCCACAUGUUGACAGACGCGAGAAGAGAGCUACAAACUGCACCUGGAGCAUUAGAGAGCUGCAACUACAGACUGCACCAUGCGGUUCAACGUGCUGUACUCCCUGCUGAGCCUAUCUUUUCUCUGUCUUGCACUGGCACAAGUGUCCUAUGAUGACUGCUGUCUGAAGUAUGUGAAACACUUGAGCCACAGCAUUCAAAAACAUGCAACGAGGUAUAAAGUGCAGGAGACAGAUGGAGGCUGCAACAUCCCUGCUAUAAUCUUCAUCAUGAGGAGAGGGCGCAUGUUCUGUACAGACCCCAGAGAGAAAUGGGUCAUAGAACUGAAGGACAAGAUUGACAAAAAACAAACAAAGAGCAUGAGAAAUAACAAGAACAAAGGCCCCAGGAAGGACCAUCCACAGAGACCAAACAGAGUGUGAAGGUGACAGUGUGCUGCCCUUAUUCUUCCUUCCACCCUCUGGCAAAUGUUAUCAUUAAGCAAUAAGAGGUUUAUGGUGGUUUUAUAGCGUCUUACUGGAAGGCAGUCGAGGAGGUUGGCCAAAUCUUGUAGCAUUACUUUUGUUUUCACUCUUUCACUAAGAUAUGGGCCAAAGGCUUGUGCAGAAUUGCAGCAGCACUUUGUUGUCUAGGGUUGGACUGCUGAUGCCGAGCGGUGACCACAUCAUGCAAAUACAUUCGAUAGCAUAGCUGCUUCAGUGAGAACAUUUGUGACAGUUUCCUUGCCUUUUAAGACAUCAGAUAUAUUGUAUUGUAAUUGUGUAAAUGUGAUGAGACAUCUCUCUCUCUCUUUAUAUAUAUAUAUAUGGACAUAUGGAUGUGUAUACUAUUCUUUCUAAAACUAAAAUAUUAUAUACACCAUGGGUGUAUGCAUGAUGUACCCAAAUAUCGAUGAAAUACUUGUGUAAAUGCUAACACUAAUUGUUAAAUGUGAAUUAACACGUUGACAAUUAACAAUCUGAAUUUCUGUAAAGUGUCAUAGGAAAGGAGAAACUCUCGUCUUAAUUUCUAAAUUGUUUAAAUGUCUGUCUUUUCAUAUUUUUGUGUUUAGCUUCUAUUACAGAAUGUGUUUCCAUAAAAGCAUCAGUAUAAUAAAUCUGCUUUUCACCUUCCACUCAAUGUUGUUUAUGUACAAGUACACAUAAAUGUUUUAUACAGUC